GUGAUAACUAUCCUGUAUGGCUGCAAGCUUCUGGCCCCCAAUUGUGCCAUUCUUGGAACUGCCACUCAAACGUGCAUGUAGUCGAAGAUACGCAAUAUAUGCGUAGAAGGCUGUGCGAGGCCGGCUAUGAUGGGAUAUUUAAAUGCGGGUUUGUGGAACUUGGACUGGCUGAUUAUUCCGACAUCAGUGCCGGUUAAUUCUCUUUAUUGAAAGGCCAACAUGGGUGCAGCUUUUUCCAACCCAGCUCAGGACACAUCCACCCCUCCACUUCAGGAGGAUGAAAAUAGUUUGAUGAUCACUGGCCUUGCCACUAAAUGGCCUUCCAAGCUUAUUGGCCCGGAGGAUAUGAAAGCAUAUGCAUUGAAGCAUUACCCGGAAAAUGCUCCCUGGCUCCAAAGUUUACUGAAAAUCAACGAACAAACUGGUAUAGAAACUCGGGCGGUAGUUGAUCUUUGGAAUGACCCGAAGUGGCAUCAAGAUACUCCACCCUCAGCAGAAGACGUCGACGCUGCGUUCCGCAAAUACGGCGUCGAGCUUGCGACGGGCGCCGCCCGAGACGCCUUGAGCGAUAGCCAUAUCUCUCCAGGCUCGGUUACCCAUGUUGUGGCAGUUACAGCGACUAAUGCCGGCAGCCCAGGCUAUGAUCAGCUCGUUGCCCGGGAGCUAGGUAUUCCUGUAACUGCGGAGAGAGUUCUCCUGGCGGGUGUUGGCUGCGCAGGAGGCCUCGCCGCACUGCGAGUAGCUUCUAAUCUGGCUAGGGCAGCAACUCUACAGCAACAAGAGGCCCGCGUCUUGAUCAUUGCGUGUGAGAUCUGCAGCAUCCAGAUCCGCGCCGAGCUACAUGCUGCCUCCCAGUCGGGUGUUGUCGGGAUUGGGCCCGCCCUCUUCGGCGACGGUGCGGCAGCUAUGGUGCUGUGCAACUCAUACGGCCUGAGUGACAAAAUCCCUAGGCGCUUCAGUGUGAUCGAUUGGCGUACCUGUAUCACGCCCGACACACAUCAACAGAUGUCCUAUCGAGUAGCGUCUAACGGGUUCCUUCUCUCGCUGUCGAAGCAGGUUCCCAAAUACACUGCUGCGUCUCUUCAAACGCCGUUCCAAAGCUUACUUAAGGGCAAUGGAAAGGAGCUUUCCUCGGCGGAUUUCGACUGGGCCGUUCACCCUGGUGGCUUGUCGAUCAUCAAGGGUGCCCAGAUGGCAAUGAAACUACCGGAUGAGGCAUUGGCAGCGAGCUAUGAGAUAUACAAAAAUCGGGGAAAUGCGUCGAGCGUCGCGGUUCUCGCCGUCUUGGACAGGUUACGGUCGAUGGAGAUGCGGAAACAAGAUGUUGUCUCGUGCAGUUUUGGUCCCGGCCUUACCACGGAAAUGGUCCUCCUGAAGCGAUGGAUGUAGUUGAUGGAUUCAUGUAUAUAGCUCCUAGCGUUGUUUAUGUGUCGAUAAUAUUUUAAAACAAUCUC